AUCAUUCGUAUCGAUGCAUCAAGCUUGUGGUCUCAGCAUACGGCUCACCCUCCCUACCAAUGGCACUAAACAGUCCCAAGCGUCUUAAGACGGCUGUGCCGCCAUGCGCAAAUUACUUAAGCACACCGCCACCAUCGGUAAGCAUAGGAUCACCACCACCGUUCGGUACACCCUCGUCCACGAAUGGGCAUCAGCAGCAUCAGAUCGGAACACUCAGCACAUCGGCACAGUUGCAACAAUCCUGGAACCAAAACACCAAUUGGCUCAGUGACGCUACCAGUCCAACCUCCAGCUGCAGUUCUCCGGAUGGGCAUCAAAACCGAAGCUACGGUGGGCACAACUCAUCCGGCACACCGCAAGCAUGGAACACUUCCAGCGGUGGCAGUGGUUCAGCCGAGAAGUCGGAAAAUAAGCGCGGCCGGCCGCGUUCCGAAGCACUGACAACGCUUAUGGUCGAGGGUUCGAUUUCGCCGUCCGCAAUAAAAUGCCGCUACUGCAAUCGAGUUUUCCCGAGAGAAAAGUCCUUGCAGGCACAUUUACGCACUCAUACAGGUGAACGUCCUUACCUGUGCGACUAUCCUGGCUGUACUCGUGCUUUCACACAGAGUGGUCAAUUGAAAACGCACCAACGGCUGCACACCGGCGAACGACCCUUCAUCUGCUCCGUCCCCCAUUGCCAGAUGCGGUUUACGCAUGCAAAUCGUCACUGUCCCGAUCAUCCGCACGAUACACUGAAACGGUGCGAUGACUUUGUUAUACAGACCGUGCCGGAACAGAACAGUGAGGUACUUAAAUGGUUAGAAAAGUAUCGCACAGAGCGAGAGGAUCGUACACCAACACGGAAAACGCCCAAGCGCAACAGCACAACAAACGGAGGAAGGUGUGAGAAUGGAAGCGGCACGACGGAUGGUGUGUCCCAGAAUGAAAAUGAAAAUCGUCGACCACAUUUGACACCGCGUGCUGCUAAUAAUGAAAAUUUCCUCCCGACGGGUGUUCAUGGAAUCGUGAAUGGAGGAGUCGUAGGGGAUUCAGGUUGCUCUGCGGGACAUGAUAACCAACUCCUACUGUCUCCGAUCACACCGAACAAUUCAUACAAAUCAAGCCGUAAGGGAUUGAUGGACAUGAACGCUUGUAUGAGCCAUACCACCAGCCCAGUGACGACGAAACCGAAGAAUUCGCGUCCGAAAUUAAUUCAGUGGCAGGAACCCACGAGCCAGGAGGAGGAUGAAUCCGGCGAUGAAUGCUUUGCUCCAUCGAAACAAUCGACGUUCAACCCGAAGAAGAAAUGGUUGCGUGACGCCUGGCAGGAUGAUCUUGCUAAACCGUUGGAACCGAAUCUGAUCUCCCAGAAGCUGUUUUCGUCUACGACUUCCACGAUGGCACUGAAGCAACAGCUGCAUCAGGAAAGUGUCACCACAAUAUCCCCGGCCAAAAGGCAACUGCUUGGUGUGACGGGCCACAGCAAACCUUUGCCACGGAUGGAAAGCAUCGGUCACGGAGGUGUCUUACCGCUGCCAGUACUGGCCACCGUUCCACCGCCACCAGUUGAUCCCAACCAAACCCGACCAACGGUUUUGAUGGUGGCCAGCAAGGACUGUGCCCGUCCACUAUCGGAUAAGCCAGCUGCAGCACUGCAAGCAAAUGACACCGCAUCAAACUGUAUCAAUUUUUCCCCUAAACCGGAGGAAAACAAUCGUAAAUUACAGGGAGCAUUAGCGUUAAUACAACUAGCAGCUAAAGAUGCGGUGCUGCGAGACUCAUUUGACGUAUCGAACGUGGAGGAAUCUUUUCUGACCGACCAUACCACGCUAUACGACAACGAAAUGGCGUUAUCACGCUCAGUUGAUGAAACGAAUGGUCAUUUGCUGAUACCGGAAGCAUAUGCCGCAGAAGUGAACGGAUUGGACAGGUAUUCUUAAAUGCAUAGUAAAGGUCUAACCUGGUUGCUCGUUGCUCGGAUAAUUUCUUGCCCCUUGCGGAUAAUUCGUACGGCGUUCGUUAAUGUUCGUAUUAAGGCAUUGUUUCGCUAUACACAGGUUCCAAAGAAAAUCUUCCUUACAAUUGAAGAUAGAAAAAGACACAAUCGGAGAGGCUUUUUUAAGUGUCACAAAAAUCACGUUAGAAGAUUGAGACAGAAUCUUGUUUGUGUAAUGUUUUAUUUUAAUUACAAGACGGCCAAUAGAAUUCAAAUUACCGCGUUUGCUACUACCUUAACUCACAGAAGAUGAUUUCUUUCACAGUAAAAGUAACAAAGGUUAUAACGAUUUCCAUUUCAACCUAUUUCGAUUAUUUUACUAAUUUGUGUACAGAAUAUUCACAUGGCACAGAAAAAAAUGUUAAGCACGAUAAGAGUUCCAAAUAUUUCUGUUGGUGCCGAUAACCUUAUUUUCACUUGCUUUGUAUGAACAUUUUUCCUCUUACUCAUUCGUUUUCGAUAAACAUUAUUAUAAUAUUUGUUUCCAUAAGCUGUUCUACUUUACUCGCUUUACGAGUUUUUUCAUUCACCCAAUGAGCUUAUAAAGGAAGUAUAUCAAUGAAAUAGUGAAAUUUCUUCCCCAAGCUUCAUAAAAUGGUCUAUUAUUUUUGGAAUGUUAUUAAAAAUGGUAAAGCCGUUUCUAUUUACAUAAUCCACGUCUUAUUUUAACGAUAGAAUGCGCGCUGCUUAUAUGAAUCCUGGAAGAGUUAAAGAUUUAUUUAUUUCUAUAUUUUUUCAUUUAUUAUUAACUACUAAGUUCGAAUUCGUUUAGUUGACACAAUUGAAACGUUUCUUUAAUUACGCGUGUACAGAUUUUUGAAGUUACGAUUCGGGUUGUACCUUUGAUGCAUUGUGUAAAUGGAAUGUAAAUUGAAGCGUGGGUUGUACUUGAAACGAGAAGAUGUGUACAAUAAAUGUAUGUA